ACAAACCUCCAGCUUGCAGGUUACAGCGGGGCUACGAUCUCGUAUACCUCCGGACACUACGCGCCUUGCCUACCUAGGUGUCCUGCCUUUUCCGACGCGACGCAGCGGCCGCGUGAAGUGCCUUUUGUUCCCUUUUUUUUUUUCUAAUUUCGGUGUCUCGUCCCACGAGUGGUUACCUGGUGGAGGCCGUCCUCCUAAAAUCGUGUGUUCUUUUACUAUUAGCCACUACGACGGCCUUGCCCUUCUUCCGUGGAUUAUUUGGAAGUGUGGGUUCUGGUCUAGUGCCGUUGUGCCUAAUCUGCCGUUUGACCUUGGGGUUGCACACGUGAUCAAAGGGCCUUGACCUUAGCCUCUCAGCCGGGCGAACGAUAAGGCGGGUGCGACUGCUUUGUUGUCUUUUCCUUUUGUCGGGACGGUUUCUGUUUUCGCAUAUACCAAAUAUUGCCAACAACGCUAGCAAAUCACAGGAGUGGCCCUCCGUAUGAACCCUGAGGCACCUAAUGAAUGCUCGGCCACCCUUAAAUCGCCACCGCCUCAAACAAUGCCAAAAACCACCACCAUUCCGGCCAUCGGGGUGAGCUGAUCUCAGGCUAAGCAUGGCCGCAGACAUGAGGUCACCCAACGUAUCCGUUACUCCAAUUAACAUGGAGCCUUAUCCGCCCCAGGUCCUUUCCAAUGGGGACCACCACCCUCCUAGCGAACCCCCACAGAGAACGAGGAGUGCCCCCCACCCAGCCGCCUUGAUGACAAAUGAUUUUUUUUAUUCAGGGUCCACUGAUAUCCUGGAUAGUUCCGAUGCCGAAGUUGCCAGAAUAGACUUUCAGGCGGUGAAUAUGAGGUCCAAGAAAAAACGCGACGACAUACCGAGGCCCAUGAGUUGGGAGGGUGAGCUGUCAGACGGAGAGAGAGAUGGUAUGUGCGUGGAUGAAGGCGUCUCGAGUCAGGUUCCCGAAAACCUGUCGCUAUCACAAUCCAAGCAAUCUUGUACGUCGGACUCGAAAGAGAGUCCAAUCCUGCGACUGAAACAACCCCCUAUGGGUAACUACUCACUUCACAGUACACCCAGCAAUUCCCCACUACUUAGCCAACGUCAUCCUGUAACAGGAGUGCCAAUCAUAAGCCAUAAGGAUCUCAUGCACAAGGCUUUAAACGUUCCUCCGACCCCCAGCCCCGACUCGGCCAUCCACUCAGCAUACAGCGUCUUCAGCUCCCCAAAUCAGAGCCCUUUGACACAACGACACAUUACUCUCACGCCAAACCUGAGCAGGAACAACAGCGAUGCGUCGCAUUCCAGCUGCUGCAGCUACAGCAGCGUGUCGGUCUCUGUAUCGCCGACUCAGCAGUUCUCUCCCACUCACAGUCCCAUACAGGGACGCCACAUGCACAGUAUUCACAGCAGCCCCCUACAUCACAAUAUCCUCUACCGUAGCCUCCAGGAGGACCCCACAAUCCAGUAUGCUACAGAGCACGACGCUCUCGAUGAACCCGAAGACAAGGCGGGCCUUCUACACUCGUCACUGCCAGCUCAGCCCGGAAUAUCGAGGCAGCAACUCAUCAACAGCCCCUGUCCGAUAUGCGGGGACAAGAUAUCCGGGUUCCACUAUGGCAUCUUCAGCUGUGAAUCGUGCAAAGGCUUUUUCAAGAGGACCGUGCAAAAUAGGAAGAAUUACGUUUGCCUGCGGGGGGCUCAGUGCCCCGUCACGGUGGCGACUAGGAAGAAAUGUCCCGCUUGUCGGUUCGAUAAGUGCUUGCAGUGCGGGAUGAAACUUGAGGCUAUCAGAGAAGACCGAACCCGCGGAGGUCGAUCCACGUACCAGUGUUCUUACUCUCUGCCCCCCUCCUUGACUAACCACGCAGAAUUAAGGGCCAGUUCGACUGAUCUAAGGCAGGGGAUGGGUGAUACCCACCCCGGCCUUACCGUGAAGCUAGAACCUCCCGAUUCGGGAGUUCCUCAUCACAAGAGAAAUACUCUGCCAGGAUCGAAAGGUGUCCCUCCAUUAUUGCAAGAAAUAAUGGAUGUGGAGCAUCUGUGGCAUUACAACGAAAUGGAACUGAACAAAUUGAGCACUGAGGGUCACCUGGGCAAGGAGGGUUCCAGCGGUGCUGUGCACAAUCUUUCCACUCACCCGUUACUGGCCGGCACCGCAUUGGCUGGGUCCACAGACACGAACCCCGACUUUGUGGCGAACCUCUGCAACAUAGCGGACCACAGGCUUUACAAGAUCGUGAAGUGGUGCAAAAGUCUUCCGUUAUUUAAGAAUAUAUCGAUUGACGAUCAAAUAUGUUUGCUCAUAAACUCGUGGUGUGAACUCCUCCUCUUUUCGUGCUGUUUCCGAUCCAUGUCGACCCCGGGAGAGAUAAGGGUGUCCCUGGGGAAGAGCAUAAACUUGGCGCAGGCCAGAGAAAUGGGCAUGCAAGCAUGUAUAGAGAGGAUGUUGAACUUCACAGAGCAGCUUAGGAGACUUAGGGUGGACCAGUACGAGUACAUAGCCAUGAAGGUUAUCGUACUGCUUACGUCUGAUACUUCGGAACUUAGAGAGGCUGAGAAAGUGCGAAUGUCACAAGAGAAAGCUUUGAAGGCUUUACAGGAUUAUACGUUGUCGCAUUAUCCCGAGAGUCCUGCCAAAUUUGGGGAGCUUCUGCUUCGUAUUCCUGAAUUACAACGAACCUGCCAGGUCGGAAAAGAGAUGCUGACCAUAAAAUCGAAGGACGGAGACGGACCUAGCUUCAACCUCCUUAUGGAGCUCCUGAGGGGGGACCACUGAAAUGUGCCUUAAAUAGCUUUGGUGGUGGGCUCAUAUACUACAGACAGUAUUGCUUAUUACUCUUUUAGCUUUAAGUGAAACUUUACGUACUUAGUAACCGUGCUGGACACAAAAAACGAUGGCAGGGAAUUUUCCACAGACCCCCUCUCUAUUUGGCAGGUUUGGAAAUUAGUAAAUGUUAACGAGCAGUUAAAAUUCAUUUUUUCAUGUUUUUAAAUUCGGGGGUUUUUGGGAAAUUCCAGACUAGAAUUAGAAACUGUUUCAACCGGAUUUGUACAUAUAUUUUUAAGUUAAGUUUCUAUUUUGAUAUUUUUUAUUAUACACUGAGGCUAUUUAUGAGAUUGCCUAGACGUUGAUCAUUUUUUUUAUAUGAGGUACGGUGUUCGGUCGUACCCACUUAUUUCUUUUAUACGUAAGGGGAGUAAGUGGGUAAGGGCGUUCGCUUUGUAUUAACUAGUAUUAGAGUAGGUUAAUGCUCAAUAGUUCACUUGUAUCCAAUACAAGUAUGGGCACUUUUUGCAA